AUGACACAACAAACCGUAACACUCUUGGCACCGGCUGGGGCGGCCAACAUCGAAGAGAAAGGCCAAAAGCACACACAACGAGAUCAUAAACGAGGCCUGCGCCUCUCCAGCAAUCUGUCCGCGGAACUUGACAAUACCUCCUUGCCAGCCAAAGCAGUCCCGACUUAUUUCCACGGCCAUGUGGAUGAGACUCUAGCCGACGAAGAUGUUAUCGAUGUGCAGAUUAUUGAGCAGGCACGGCGAACCCCAAACGCCGUGGCCGUCGUCUUCGAGGACAACUUGGCCCGGGCCACCUACAGAGAGCUUGCAGACAUGGUGCACAGCGCAUGCCACCUUUUGUCCUCAGCCAUGGGAGACAGCAACGCAAAAGAAAUCAGCUCCCUGCGUGGCAAACGGGUUGCAGUUGCGGGCGAUGUUUCCAUCGAGCGGCUGGCCGUUCUGAUCGCCAUCUUGAGCCUGGGUGCAUCCUACGUCCCUAUCGAUUUGGCCAACCCUCUCGACUGGAACAAGACAAUUCUGAAAGAUUGCCGUCCCUCCUGUAUAGCCUUCAUGACGGAAGACGGCUCCGUUUGGGAAGACGCCAGUUCUGAGCUUUUGGCUUACAUGGAGGAGUCGGUCCAAGAAUGCACGCGCGUCCGGGUUCCAGCCAAACUCCGUCCUCAUGAAACCGUGGCUAGCAGCAACAGAGCUAUAUUUCCCCCAACCCCAGGCCGCUCUGACGAGGACACGGCCUAUAUUCUCUACACCUCCGGCUCAACAGGCGUUCCCAAGGGUGUUCCAAUUCAGCACAAGGCGUUGAAAAACUCCAUAAUCGAAAAUCGACGCGUCUGUCUAUUUUCGGCGGCGAAAACCCGGGUACUCGGAAUCAACCCUUGGACGUUUGACGUUUCGGUCUUUGACAUGUUUGGCCCGCUGAGUAUUGGUGCGCAGCUUAUCUUGGGCCGUCGCGACUACAUCCUUUCUGAUCUUACGGGCGUGGUGCAGCAACACUCCAUCACCCACAUCACCACCACGCCAACCGUAGCCUCGUUGCUCAACCCGGACGACGUCCCCAGCAUAAAGUCGCUCGCGCUCGGCGGCGAGCCCAUGACGAAAGCCACUCGUGACACGUGGGCGCCCCGAAUCAGGCUAUACAACUCUUACGGCCCAACAGAGGCCACUAUUAUUGUCAUCACGCGCCGCUGCCAUCCCGACACGCCCGUUGCCAACAUCGGCCGCCCGCUGGCCAACGUGGCCGCUUAUGUUCUGGAAGAUUCGUUGGGGGACCUAGUGGAAACUCGCCAACUCCCUGUCGGUAAAGUUGGACAGCUCGCCCUGGGAGGUGUGCAGUUAUCGCCUGGUUAUUUACGUAAUUCACCGGGCCGUCCGAACCCUUUUGUCCAGCAUCGGGAGUAUGGGCAACUCUACCUGACGGGCGAUAUGGCCAUGUUCGAAAGCGAUGGUACCAUUGUUUGCUUGGGUCGCAUGGAUAACAUGGUAAAUCUCCGGGGUUUGCGCGUAGAACUCGGGGCGGUCGAAGCCGCCGUGGACGAGGUGUUGGUUCGUCUAACGGGGGCUGGAAAAUGCGUAUCGCUCAAGCUGGUUAAAAAAGGCACAGGUCAGGAGGUGCAAGUUGCGCUUUUCUGUACCGACAAUAACAAAUCUGGCGGCCGCAAAAGCAUCAUUGUUGGUUACCCUUUGGAUGCAAAGCGCAAGGAAAUGGUUUGUCAGAUGAAGGCGGCCGUUUUGGAAAAGUUUCCAGAUUAUUUCCUGCCUGACUAUUGGGUUCCGGUUGACGGCUUCCCUCGCAACAAGAACCAAAAGUUGGAUAGAAAGGUAGCGCAGGCGUUUGUGGAUGGCUUGAGCAAUAUGGAGUUGGCGGCGUGGCAUCUGGAUAAUUACUCCGAUGUGGACGUCAAGGAAUAG